GGCAUUAACAAUACCUUGCGGGUGCAAUGCCAGCAAAAAGUAAGAUCUUCUUCACCACAUGCAAGUCCUCAAUUAAUUACAGUAUAUUACUCAGUUUCAGUGUUAUUUUCGACCUUGAUAGGCAUGGCUCCAACCUUCUUAUCUCACUGGACACGAGACAUACACACAUGAAACCACGGAAUCUGUCCACAGUCCCGCCACAGGGCCUAUGAUGGAGCUUGAUCGUACCGAAUAACGGGUCUUCUGUUUACGAGAAUAGUCACUUAUCCAAAUUACAACGGGUUUGUGAUAUACAUAUAGAUCGCAGAAACUUAUCCACUUCUCUUGCGGGUCUGUCUUCUUACCAUGAGUCUGACCGCUGCAGGAGUCAUCGGCGAGCAUACUGCGCACGAGCCCGAUGUGCCCAGCGAGAAAGCUCUUAGCACUAGUGACGAGAAAUCGUUCGAUGGGAAAGGCGACGUUGAAUCCACUCAGGAUGCUGACAGCGAUGAAGCCGUACUCUCCAAUGAACUCGACGUUGCUACCCACGUCAUCUCGUUGGACGACGACCCCACUCUGAACCCGUGGACAUUCCGUGCAUUCUUUAUUGGUCUUGGUCUCUCAGCCUUUGGUGGAGUACUCGCGGAAAUUUAUUAUUUCAAGCCUCAAACGGUUCUAGUGUCAUUGAUGUUCCUCGCCGUUAUCUCCUACGUGAUUGGAGUCUUUAUGGAAACCUUUAUUCCUCGACGCGGAUUCUUCCGCUAUCUGAACCCCGGACCAUUCAACAAGAAAGAGAAUGCUUUCAUUGUCAUCAUGGCAAGUGCCUCUGCUAACUCCGCCUUGGGCACCGAAGUUCUUGCUGUUCAGCGAUUGUACUACAAUAUCACGCCCAACCCUGGUGCUUCGAUUUUCCUGCUCUUCUCCUCUCAACUCCUUGGGUAUGGAAUCGGUGGUAUGAUGAGAGGCAUUCUGUUAUAUCCAACAAAGAUGUUGUAUCCCGGUGUACUGCCAUUGUUGUCCAUGUUUGAUGCUCUCUACGAGGGCGGGGUGGCAGCACGGAAGAAGCUCAGAGUAUUCUACAUGGUAUUUGCUGCCAUAUUCAUUUGGGAGCUUUUCCCAGAAUGGAUCUUCCCCCUUCUGACAGGUUUUUCGAUUAUAUGUCUUGCAGUUCCCAACAAUGCUGCCGUCUCGCGAGUCUUCGGUGGCAGUAACGGUAACGAGGGUUUGGGGCUCCUGUCUAUCUGCUUUGACUGGCAAUAUAUUUCUGGUGGUGUAAACCCUAUGACUAUCCCGCUCAAAGCACAAUUCUCGAAUUUCUUGGGUUACCUUCUUUGCAUGGUCGUCUUUGUUGCUGUGUAUUACAACAACAUAUGGAAAGCCCAGAACUUCCCAUUCCUUUCUCAACUCUUAUUUUAUGAAAACGGAACAGAGUACAACCAAACGCUCAUUCUCGAUGCCAACUACCAGGUCGAUCCCACGCUCCUUGCUGAACAGGGUGUACCUUACUAUGCCAGCACUUGGGUGGUCUACUUGCUCAGCUCAAAUUUGGGAUUGGCGGCUACGUUUACGCAUCUUCUCCUCUGGAACUGGGAUGACUUGCGCUCCGCAUGGAGUUGGAUGACUCCGUCAAGCCUCAAACAAAUGUGGGUGGAAUUCGACUGGAGGUUCUGGCGGGCCGAUGGAAUGCGGAAGCAAGACGUCAACGACGAGAACUUGGAUCCCCACUACAGGCAAAUGCUGAAGUACCCCGAUGCUCCCAAUAGUUGGUAUUUCGCUGUUUUCGUUGUGUCCUUCAUCGUUUCGCUGGUCGUUAUAUACAAAACCAACUCGACUUUGCCAUGGUGGGGCUUCGUCAUCUCGCUCAUGCUGGCGACGGUUUCCAUUCUAUUCUUCGGUGCUCUCUUCGCAAUCACAGGGCUGGGCUUCAUCAUCCAGCCGUUCGUCCAGAUGAUUGGUGGUUACCUUCACACCGGCAAGCCAGUGGCAAAUAUGUACUUCGUUCUAUACGGAUACAACACUGUCACGCAAGCCCAACUUCUCCUCCGCGACCUCAAGAUUGCCCAAUAUGCAAAGCUGCCACCUCGUGCUGCUUUCACCGCCCAGAUCAUUGGGACGCUUCUUGGUGCUAUUUUGAACUUCAUCAUGAUGAAUUCAAUUAUAGACAACCAACGUGAAAUCUUAUUAUCUAUUCAGGGAACCAAUAUCUGGUCCGGCCAACAACCGCAGCAGUACAACUCCCAGGCAAUCGCGUGGGGUGGUCUCAGCCACGAGCUUUUCUCGGCCGGUCAAAGAUACCAAUGGGUUCCUUGGGCGUACCUGGUUGGACUUUUCACACCUAUUCCGUUCUGGGUCCUUCACAGGUACUUCCCAAAGCUCCGUGCAGAUUAUUUGUACACCCCUGUUAUCGCCUACUACAUCGGAUGGCUUUGUGUUGGGAUCAACUCGUCUAUUCUCUCCUACUUCGCAGUCGCAUUCCUCUCACAAUGGUGGUUGCGCACACGCUACCCUCGCUGGUUUGCCAAAUACAACUACAUCAUCGGAGCUGCCCUUGACGGAGGCACUCAAGUCAUGGUGUUCAUCCUCUCGUUUGCGGUGCAAGGUGCUGGUGGAGCGGCGCACCUGUUCCCUGCAUGGUGGGGCGCGAACCAAGGAGGUAAUUAUGACCACUGUGCCAUGCUGAACUGAGGUACAUAGUGGACAUUGGAUGAUCGUGAAACUUAUCGCAGGUAUUAUUAGUAUUACUACAAAGUGGCUCCACUGUAUAUGUCAUACAAUUCAUAAGAAAAUGUGCUGUUGA